AUGACUAGUACUCGUGAUUCUCAUGCCUACGCUUGCGAUGAAUGUCGGCUACGAAAGUCGAAGUGUUCAAAGGAGCGCCCAACAUGCGUGCAGUGCCAGCAAUUGGGCAAGGAGUGCAAUUAUAGCCCCAAAGUAACCAGAAGCCCACUUACGCGGCAACACUUGACGCAUGUCGAAGACCGUCUGCAAGCAUUUGAGACAGCCCUUGGAAGACUUUUCCCAGGAGGCGAUUUGGAUGCGACUGUGCGUUCGCUUUUGCAGGACCAUGAAACGCCACCAAGGACCGCAUCUUCCAAAUCAUCCUCAAGGCAUUCGACUCCGGCCAAAACUGAGGAUCGAUCUGAAGCAGCUCCAGAAGCUCUACCGCAGCAGGCGGAUGGUUUUGACUGGGCUGAAAAGGAGAUUUCACUUGGUGGUUUAACGGAUGGCAUGGCCGCACUAUCUAUCAAGCCGGAGGGUUCGGGGUAUUUUGGAGCUUCCUCCAGUGUCGUGCCGCUAAGAGCUUUGAUGAAGCAUGGGUUCGACCUCAGUAUUCCUUCAAGUGCCACAAAGCCAAACGGAGGAACUGAUAAAGUACCAUUGAAGUCUCAACUUUUGAACUCUGCGCCCUCUGGCCUUAUUGAGCAGGCCUUUAUGGACGCUUAUUUCCUCAACUAUCAUUCGAGUUAUCCUUUUGUUCAUGAAGCUACCUUUAGGGCACAGUUCCACGAACACAUUCCCCGCCCACACGGCCUCUCAUGGCACAUCCUUCUAAACACGAUUUUAGCCCUGGGAGCAUGGAGCAUCGGAGACGACAAUUCAGAUCUGGACAUCACUUUCUACCAAGAAGCCAGAGGCCAUCUGCAACAAGUCUCGGUUUUUGAAACCGGGAAUCUGACUCUGAUUCAGGCGUUAUUAUUGAUGAGCAAUUACGCACAGAAACGGAACAAACCGAAUACGGGGUGGAAUUUCCUAGGGCUUGCUGUCCGGAUGGCCAUGAGUCUUGGUCUUCAUAAGGAGUUUCCAGGGUGGAGAAUUAGUCUUCUACAGCGGGAGAUCAGACGGAGAUUGUGGUGGGGGGUUUUCAUCUUUGAUAGCGGUGCGGCCAAAACGUUUGGCAGACCGAUUCUCUUACCGGAGGAUAGAGUCAUGGAUGCAAAGCAUGUUCUUAACAUCCAGGACGAGGCGCUCACAUCAAGCACAACAACCCUACCCAAAGAAUCCGACGGCCCAACCCUAUACUCCGGCAUAAUCGCACAAGCCAAAUUCCAUCUCCUAACAAACAGCGUCUACCAACGCCUCAUCUCAAGCCCCGCCCUAACACCAGAAGAAACCCUUUCUCUCCAAAAACCAAUGGAAGAAUGGUACAACAACCUCCCCGACUAUUUCAAACAACCCGCUUCAAUGCCCGAACCAGACUCCCUAGCCCUCGUCCGCAGACGGCUAAUGUGGCGAGACUGGAACCUGCGGACCCUGAUCUACCGCCCAAUCCUACUCCGCUGGGCAGCUAGACGAUGGACGCCCACACCCGGACCGCCACCAGAGCGCGAAGACCCGCUUGAAGGAGACUGUCGCAUGCUCUGUCUCCGCAAUGCAAGGUUAACAAUUGCUUCAAUCUCGGAGUACAUGGAUAAUUACAUCUGCACGAGACUGGGCGCUUGGUACAUGCUGUACUUCCUCUUCCAGGCCGGCCUCAUCCCAAUCAUCUUCCUCAUGACCGACCCAACCAGCACCGACGCCCCAGCCUGGCUCCAAGACAUCCAAACAACAAAACAACUCCUCUCCCACCCCUCUCUAUCCAACAACCGUCUCGCAACCCGCUGUCUAGCAGUCGUCAACAAACUCUGCACACCGGUUUCUUACUACUGCUAUCCCAACAACGGCAAUGCCAACACCGGCGCAGCUCCCAUUCAGGGAGUUCCCGCAGCAGCAAACAAGCCGGUUACUGGAGGAGCAGGGGAAGGGGGACAGCAGCAACAACCACCGAUAUUGAUGCAUUUCCCGGAUCAGCUGUUCAAUGAUCCGACGUUUGGUGGUAUGUUCCCGGACGUUGAUCAGGAGUUGAAUUUGAAUAUGUCCGGGAUGGAUUUCUCAGAGUGGUUGAAUUUUACGCCUUAG